GAACCGGCAAAAACCUUGGCUGCCAAAGCAGAGCGUGCGAACUUAAUCACUCAGCCACGGAGCCAGCCCCACGACAGACCUUUUAAAAAAUAAUUUGAUACAAUUAUUACAGUAAUAAUACUGUACAGUAAUAAUACUGAGUGUUACAAGUAGAUACAGAGGUGGGUUUGUUUUGCAUUUGGGGACUGGUAAGACUUCCAUCCAUCUGCUGGGUUUCAGCAUGAAUAGUUCACCAGAAAAAAGGGACAAGAUCACACUGGUAACAAGUCAAGAGAGAGAACAGGAGUGCUUGGAGCUCAGGACAGAGUGAGCAGGCAGGAAAUGACCAAACAGAGGUAGGGUGGAGUUCACACUGAAAGGUCUCCUGGGUCAAGCCUGAGUCAACCUUGACUUCCCUUUGCCUCACAUCAUAUAUCCACGCCGUCAUCAUGGCUCAAAUACAUAACCAGAAUCUGCCCAUUUCUCACCACCUCCAUUGCUACCACUCCAGCACCUGGUCUGAGUCAUCCUCAUAUCUCACCAGGCUUUUUGCAAGAACUUCCUUCUGCCCUUGCCUACCUACAGCCUGCUCUGGACAGAGCAGCCUGAGAGAGAGAGAGAGAGGGAGGGAGCGAGCGAGCCUUCUAACACAGUAGUCCUCAGCCUUGGUUGCAUUUUAAAAUCUGCUGGGGAAUUUUCAAAAAGUUCUUAGGUCUGCACCUCACCCCACAUAUUCUAGGUAAAUUGCUAUGAAGUGGGGCCCAGGCAGAGGGAUUUUUAAGGCACCCCAGAUAAUUCUAACUUGUGGCCACAGUUGCAGACCACAAUUUCAGUAUGUAAGUGUCAUGUCUCUUCUCUGUCCAAACCCUCCAGCACUGCCCAUUUCACUCAGAGUAUAAUCCAAUGGUUUAAAAGGCCGUAUGUGAUCUGGCCUCCUGUGACCUCUCUUACCUCCCCCUGGUUCAUUCCAUUCCAUUCUAGCCACUCCAGUCUCCUUUUUCUUGAUUGAACAAGUAAGGCAGGCUUCUGCCUUGAGGCCUUUGCCCUUGUUCCCUCCGCCUGAAACACUCUUCACCUAGAGGUCUGCAGGGCGCCAUCCUUGACCUUCCCUUAGGUCUUUGCUCAACUAUCACCUUACUGAUGAUGCCUUCCUAGUCCACCCUCUUCAAAAUUGCACCUCCUGCCCACCCCUCUCUGUCCUCUUUAUCCUGCUCUAUUUUUCUUCAUAGCGUUUAUCAUCAUCUGACUUAACAAUGUAUUUUAUUUACAUUAUCUGUCUCUUUUCCACUAGAAUGUAAACCCCAGGAGAUCAGGAAUUUUUGUAAACUUUUUUUGACCGCUGUAUAUUCUUAUCACUUUAAAUGCUGUCUGACAUAUAGUAAGUGCUCACUAAAUCUUUGUUGCAUAACUGAAUUUCUGUAUGUUUACGUGUUGUGGUGGAGGCUGGUCCAUGGUUUGGGCCAUGUAGAAUCUGUGGCACUAAGGGGUGCCAGGCACUUGGGUCUGAAGCAGAUGAUGACUGAAGCUGUGGGAGCACCUGACCAGCCCAGAGGAACAUGGACAUAGAGGCAAAGGAACUCCCCAAACUUGCAUCUCCCUGUAUUCAUCUUGAUGAGUGACACCUCCACCUGCCUGGUGACCAGGCGCGCACCUGGGGUCAUCCUGGACUCCUCCCCUCCACAUCUCACCCCUCAAACAAAUUCUGUAUUAUCUAAAUAUCUCCAAAACCCGCCACUUGCGUCUGUCUGCACUACCACAGCCAUCCUCUCCCCCCGACUGCUGCCAACAGCCCAGCCUGAGUGCCUCUAUUGUUCUCCACACUGCAGUUUUAAUGGUUUUUCUAAAACAUUUGACCUCCGCCGGUCUUAAAAUCUUUCAGUGGGCUACCUGCUGCCCUUGGGGCCAAGUCCCAGCUCCCACAAGGCCCUCUGUGCACGCGGGCUGGACUCCCUCUCUAAACUCACCGCUCGCCCCUCAGCCUAUAGGCCCCCAAAGGGCAGGACCUCCUCACGCCUGCAGGCCCCGGCUCAGGACCCAGCCGAAGCGACUCUUCUUGGGAGAAGCCUUUCCUGCUGACCGCAUUGCCUCCUCUGGCCCCGAGCCUCACCUCACGCACACUCAUUACUGACACUGUUUGGCGGCCUGUCACCGGCGUGGCUGGGGGCGCCUGAAGUAAUUGCAAGAUGUCUGUGUGGGUGCUGCUGCGCGAGGGAGAGGGGACGGCGAGGCAGCCCCAGGGAGGUGGAAAGAGAGCCAGGAGCCAGUCUUAGAAGCCAAUGGAGGCGCCGCCCAAGAGACCCUGGGCCGGCGCCGGGCGCAGCUGCCUUUCGGCGUUUGCCUGUCCGUCUUUGUGUCUGUCUCUGUGUCUGUCUGGCUGUCUCCGAGCUUGCCUCCACUUCUAGAACUAAGCUCCUCGGACACCGACAUCCCGCCAGCCCUCGCCCCUUCCCCAUGGCUGGCCACUUGGCCCCCAAAGACUACGCCCCUUCGCCCCCACCUCCCUACCCUGUGACCGCCGGGUACCCGGAGCCAGUGCUGCAUCCUGGGCCCGGGCAGGCGCCAGUGCCCGCCCACGCGCCUGCCCCUGCGCCCGGCUUCGCUCUCUUCCCCUCGCCUGGCCCCGGGGCCCCAGGGCCUGUUGUCCCCUUUUUGCCACUGCCAGGGGUGCCUUCUGGCCUGGAAUUCCUGGUGCAGAUUGAUCAGAUCUUGAUUCACCAGAAGGCUGAGCGAGUGGAAACGCUUCUAGGCUGGGAGACAAGUAACCGGUACGAACUGCGCUCGGGGACCGGACAGCCCCUGGGUCAGGCGGCUGAGGAGAGCAACUGCUGCGCGCGUCUGUGCUGUGGUGCCCGCCGGCCCCUGCGUGUCCGCAUGGUGGACCCCGGGGACCGAGAGGUGCUGCGCCUGCUCCGCCCCCUCCACUGUGGCUGCAGCUGCUGCCCUUGUGGCCUCCAGGAGAUGGAAGUACAGGCUCCACCUGGCACCACCAUUGGCCACGUGCUACAGACCUGGCAUCCCUUCCUCCCCAAGUUCUCCAUCCAGGAUGCCAAUCGCAAGACCAUCCUGAGAGUGGUGGGGCCCUGCUGGACCUGUGGCUGUGGCACAGACACCAACUUUGAGGUGAAGACUCCAGAUGAAUCCCGAAGUGUGGGCCGCAUCAGCAAGCAGUGGGGGGGGCUGCUCCGAGAAGCCCUCACGGAUGCAGAUGACUUUGGCCUACAGUUCCCGCUGGAUCUGGACGUGAGGGUGAAGGCUGUGCUGCUGGGAGCCACGUUCCUCAUUGACUACAUGUUCUUCGAGAAGCGAGGAGGCGCUGGGCCCUCUGCCAUCACCAGUUAGAGGCUGCCUCAGGGUGAGGAGACCAUCACCUCAACCAGAAUUCAAGAUGGUCACCUGGCCUGGCCCCUCCUCAGAGGCAGCACCUUUCCUCCGUGUACAUACACUACAGGGGAGAGACAGGGAUGCCUGAGAGGCGCGGGGGGCCGUGGCACCCCAUUCCCCACCCUCCUCCCCUGGCUUCUUUCACCUAUGACCCCCACAGAAGGGUAUGUAUGAGAGCCCUUCCCCUGCUACCUCCCACCACUGUCUCCGGCAGUCCCUCAGCACACAGGCAUGUCAGCUUUCAAACUUUUCCUACCCACUUUCUCCCACCCCCUUCUAGGGCCUCUGCUGCAGAUGAGGCCUUUGGAAUCCAGGGCUCUGGGGUUUUACAACAGGGCUGGGGUGGGGAAGGGUAAGCAGCACCAAAGAUGGCAGACAUGGCCAUCCUUCCCCUGCAUCAGCUUGGCCAAUCAGUUCAGCCUCAGACCAUGGCACUCUGAGGGGAUCCCCACCUGCCCACCAGCAGCUGUAGGGCCUAGACCCCAGUGCCAACCUCCUCUCCCCCUUGGGCCCUGCCCACACCUGGUGCUUGCUGCAACUUCCUGUGCCUUACUUAACCACCUCUUCCUUCCCUUGCCCUAGGAAGGAAACUGCAUCUUUGUAUGUUAUAUUCAUAUAAACUUUGUAACUUUUUGGA